AUGCUCCAGAGAAUCUCAGAUGGGUAUUUGCUUCAGGUCGACGUUUUCUAUGAGGGCCAAACCUUCCCCAAACCGGUACCAACGCCGGCAGGCUUAAACCACAGACAGCGCAGCAUUUGCCGGGGCAGCUGCCGGAGUCAUACAGGGGGUGGGACCUCGCAGGGCCCCCACGCCACGAUUAGCGGCAGAUUGCUGCCAGGCGCAGCACAGCAGCAGUGUGCAAUGACGAAAGUUGGACAGGUUUUCGUGGAGACACUUGUUGACGUGUCGUGCCUCACCAGCGAAGCUUUCAAGUUGAUCUACAAAGCGUUUUGA